UGUUGAACUCUUUGGUUCAUCAUAGGAUUUUAGAAUAUUUGUGACGUAUGUCACUGUCAAUUGAUUAACCGGUAAAAAUAAUUCAAAUAUUCUCAAGACUAUAAAAUUGAAUUACAAAAUAUCAUAAAUAAAUUAGUUAAAAUAAAUAAGUUCCAUAUUUUGUUAGUUUAGAGUGAAAUAAUUGCAUUAUAUGUCGUUUCUCUUUUUAGAGCAACACAUCAGAAUAUUAUUUCACCAAAUUCAUAUCAUUAUAAAACGACAUAUUCGCUAACCUUUACACAAUGGAGAGAAUACGAUUUGAAUUCGUAAUAAAAGCGAUGGAAAAUGACCCAAAAACAAACGUACUUUGCAUUACUUCAUUGGAAUUUGAGAAACACACUUAUUUGAUACCUGAAAAACUUCAACCAGCUAGAUUACAUGAACAAGUGAUCAAAACUCAAGUUUACCUGAAAUUAAAAGAUACUAUACAUAAAAGACAUGACAAAAGACAAGUUUGGAUACGUGUAACGCCGGAGAUAAGAGGAGCAUAUAUGGAUGAGGAUGGAAAUAUGCAGUUUAAAGGAUAUUUGUUAGAGGAAUGUGACAUACAAAAGCCUGCGUCCUGUAUUUCAGAAGAAGCAAUGACAAAAUUCUUUGAAAAUUUCAACGCCUGUAACAAAGAGACUGGAAAAUCCUAUAAUAUAAAGAAAUUGACAGAGAAAUUUGUUUUGCAGAAAUUUAAUAAAAAAACCUCAAAUGUAACACAAUGGUUGGACAUAUUCGAAAUGGAAUGUACUCGUAUGAGUAUAACGGAAGACUCUGUUAAAAUUGAAGCAUUAAGGUUAUUCUUAGAAGAUUCUAGUCUUGACUGGUAUAGUUCUAUGCUUAUAAAAUAUACAUUAAAUUCGGAAUGGUCAACUUGGAAAGAAAACUUCUGUGAAACAUUUGCUGAUAGAGGGUGGUCUCCGGUAAGAUAUGCAAUUUUGUUUAAAUAUAGGCAAGGGUCGUUAAUGGAGUAUGCUUUAAAAAAAGAAAAGCUUUUAUUGGAGAUAAAUAAAACAAUGGAUUCAUCAAUUCUUAUUGAUUUAAUUGCUACUGGACUCCCAAAUUUUAUUGCUGACAAGAUUGAUAGAUGUAAUAUAAAAGAAACUAAAGAUUUAUUUAAUAAUAUACGGGGAUUGGAACAUCUAGCAAAUAAAAAAUAUUUAAAUAAUAACGCCGGAAAUUUGGGAAAUAAAAAUAAAGAAAAGGAUAGUAAUUAUAAACCAUGCAGAAUUUGUGAAAAGGAAAACAAAGGCUCUCGUUAUCAUCCAGAAUCAUUAUGUUGGUUUAAAAAUAAUAGCUAUAAUAAUAAAAGAGAACACAUAAGAACUGUUAAUAAUUCUGAAUUAGAAACCGAAUUAAAUGAAAUUGAUCCAAAAAACUGAUUGUACCACCAUUAAUCAAGAUUAAAUUAUUGUUGAACGAUACUCUACAAACAACUGGUAUUUAUGAUUCGGGAUCAAAUGUUUCCUUGAUAAAUUCUAAAUUGUUAUGUUUAAAAAAUCUAUCAAGCAACAAUAAUAUUUCUAUUAAAACUGCAAAUUUAAGAACGAUUAAUGGUGUGAAAAAAACAUUAGGGAUAGUAACAUUGAAGAUAAAGAUUUUUGAUAUCGAGAAGAAUAUGGAUGUUUU